GCAGAAAAGCUUUUCCAAUGUGCAAGUUUUAAUGUAAGUUGUUGCAGACUGCGAUACAGAAAGGACUGCUGUGUCCUGAGGCUGAAAAUCUGUAGAUUUUUGCCUGCCAUCGUAACCUGGUCUGAGCUUCCUGGUCCAGAGCAGUGUGCUUUCCAGAUGCGGCCAUGCCCAUCAUUAGCAACGCCAACCAUGACUUCAGCAAUCUGUCUGUCAGUGACGACAGCAGUCUCGACCGCAUCUUCACAGAGAUCCCCGAGACUGAGACCAUCAAGGGUGUGUACUACAAGAGGGCUCAGUACAUCCGUCGGCCAGAGGACCUGGUGUCCGUCGACCACGCCUUGUUGGCAGUGAUCAACGUUGGGGGAAACCGCUACACUUUCCCCUGGAGCACCCUGGAGCAGUUCCCCCUCACAAGACUUGGCCGCCUCUGUGGCUGCCGCUCACUUGAGGAAAUCGCCAGCGUCUGCGACGACUAUGACGAAGCUCGCAAGGAAUUCUUCUUCGACCGCUCACCAUCUGCCUUCAGGGUCAUCCUCAACUUCCUGGCUGCAGGGAAGCUGCGCCUGCUCCGGGAGAUGUGCGUCCUCUCCCUGCACGAUGAGCUGACCUACUGGGGUGUGGAGAUGACGUAUAUGGAGCGCUGUUGUAAGAGGAAGAUGUACACACGUGUGGAGGAGGUGCAUGAGCUUGAGCGGCGUGAGGAGGAGCGCAGGCAGAGAAACGCUUUGCAGCGUGUGCCGGUGGAGGAGACGAGGUACCGGAAAGUAAUGAACUGGCUGAGAGAUAUGGUGGAGAAUCCACAAUCGGGUUUACCUGGGAAGAUCUUUGCCUGCUUGUCAGUGAUCAUGGUGGCGGUGACUGUCAUCAGCUUGUGUAUCAGCACCAUGCCAGACCUUAGAGAGGAAGAGGACAGGGGUGAGUGCUCCUCCAAGUGCUACAACAUGUUCAUCAUAGAGACCGUGUGUGUGGCCUGGUUCUCCCUGGAGUUCAUCCUGCGGUUCAUUCAGGCCCGCAGCAAGCUGGACUUCCUCCGUGGGCCACUCAACAUCAUUGACGCCAUGGCCAUUCUUCCCUACUACGUCUCCUUGGUGGUGACGGAGGAGGACCCUUCCCUGGAGCAUGAAAGGCCAGGAGGUAAGGGCUACUUGGACAAGCUGGGCCUGGUGUUGAGGAUUCUGCGGGCACUCAGGAUUCUCUACGUGAUGCGGCUGGCUCGUCACUCUCUAGGCCUGCAGACGCUGGGGCUGACGGUGAGGCGCAGCACCCGUGAGUUUGGCCUCCUCUUGCUUUUUCUCUGUGUGGCCGUCACCCUCUUCUCCCCACUGGUCCACCUGGCAGAGAGUGAGCUCACAGGCACCCAUGACUUCAGCAGCAUCCCCGCCUCCUACUGGUGGGCAAUCAUCUCCAUGACGACCGUGGGCUAUGGCGACAUGGUGCCCAGGUCCAUCCCAGGACAGGUUGUAGCACUGAGCAGCAUCCUCAGUGGGAUACUCAUCAUGGCCUUCCCUGCUACCUCCAUCUUCCACAUGUUCUCCCGCUCCUACCAAGAGCUCAAGAUGGAGCAUGACCGGUUGUUCAAAGAGGAGUGCGCAGCUGCUGCAGCUGCUGCUGCCGCCACUGGGGAGCUGCAGGAGGCGGGAGGUGAAGGAAGGGGGGAGAACUCGCCGUCUGGGCUGGGAAUACGUCUAGACAAGGAUAGUGUGCACUCACUGGAGUCUCUUGCUCUGUUAGGGAAAGGUGGUGAAGCUGCUGGAAAUAACAACCACAGCCUGCCAGCAGCAGCUUUCUGA